CGGGGCACCGAAAAUUUCGAGUACGCUCCUGCUCGCCUUUCAGUGAAAACCGUUACAGUUGGCAGCCCUGAAUCUAACGACGUAAUUGUUUACGUUUGAAGGUUAAUCGAAUUGUAAUGUCAAAAUUCGUAGUGCUUUGUUUGAAAACAUAGAAUCCAGCGAUUAAAAACGCGAAUCUUUCGAUUGAAACAACAAAAAUGCAAACGUACAAAAUGGCAACGACGGCCAUACAAAAGCAACCGUUCAGAAUCAUCGAAAUUCCGCUGACAAAAUUCAGCGACGAAGUAAUUCCGCACCACGAAAACGCUUUGGAGCAAUACAAAGAGCAGAUGAGGAAAAUUAUUAGUUUAAACGAUGCAACGCAAAUCAAGAGAGAGAUUAAAGACAAAAAACGCGCUGUCAAACAGUUACGAGACCUAAUGUACGAGUUGGAUACAUUAAGAACUCAAGUUGACGAUCCCGACCUGGAUAAGUUCGACGUUAAAACCUUAUCGAUGAGGAAAACACUGUUAAAGUUGAUAACAGGCUACAACGAGAUGGAAAAAUUGGCCGAGAGAGUUAUCCACCCUCUAGGUGGUGAGGAAGAUAAAGAAAACACAGAAAAAAACCCUUUUACUAAUGCAAAACAAAUUCAACUCGAAACCAGUCUGGAAACAAUCAAAAUACAACAAGCCGAAAGGACUUUUAACUCGGUGCAAAACAUAAACCAAGACGUAGAGGAUCUCCACCAAAUGUACGAACAAUUAAACUCCAUGGUGGACACACAAUCCGCAACUGUGGAAGAAGUUGAAAAAAUCGUGGAAAACACAGUCAUUAACAUCGAAGAAGGAACCUCCUUCCUCAAAAGAGCUGCCAAAUACAAAUCCGUUACAUACCCCGUUACAGGGGCGUUUUUGGGAUCCAUAAUAGGGGGCCCUGUGGGGUUAUUGGCGGGUUUAAAAGUGGGAGGGGCGGCCGCGUUGGGCUGUGCUAUAGCGGGGUACACGGGAGGUACCUACUUGAAGAAAGCAACAUCGGCAGAAGCCAUCGAGCAGGAUACUGUACAAAAUGAGAAUACUGAGAACGAACAGAAUCAGAUUGUUAUUGAUAAAAAGGAUAUAUGACAUUGCAGACUUUUUUAAAUCGUUUAACACAAUAUAAAUUAUGGAAAUUAUAGCAGCUCUAGUAAUUUAUUAUUAUAGUUUAAUUUGAAUGUAUAUACAUAAAUAAGGUUUUAAAUAAAUUCUUUUUUCUAUAUAUUUUCUUUGUGCAUCUGGAC